GGAAAUGGAGCUGGGGAAACAAAAACCUGCUUAACAACAAAAUAAGUCUGAAGAAAUGAGUCAAACAUCUCUGAAACCAAAAAAGAAGAAUGAAACUGGAUCAAGAUACUCAAAAGACAGUGUAGACUCAGACAAACGAAGGGAUUCCGAGAAAUCAGGAGUUCGACUGAACACUCAGGGAUCACAGGACUUAUCAUUGCCGAAGACAGACUCUCGAGGUUACCUCUUGCGAAAUCAGUGGUCAGGAACUUCACGAACCCCAUCAACAAGAGCUCCAUCAGUAGACGAGCACAGAAGCAAGACAGCCAGUCUUAAGGUCCCCAGCAGCUCUACCACCUCCAGGACCUCAUCUACCUCCCCUAGCCAGCAAGAGUCACCAAAACUAUCUGCCCAACCUUCACCAGCCACAGCACCUUUGCAGCAUACACCAAGCAAGCCUGUAGAUUCUUGUCCUCCCACACCCCCGGAAUCACAAACACAGCCCAUCUCCUCCCGGCGCAGCAGCAAGAUGCAUGAGAGUCCGGACACAUGGACUCCCGGUGGUACCCGAGAUGGUGCCCGAGAUAUGCGAGACGGCCGGGAUUCAGUGCAGCAUCGUGACUAUUCCCGCACUCCCCCCGCUGAGUGGAAGUCCUACAAUCAGCCACCGCCCUAUAACCAGCCCCCACGCAGGUCCAUGUACGGCCCUCAAGUGGAUCGAGACUGCUUGUCCGAAUUGGCUAGGCAGCCACCGCAGCAGCGGGAUGAAGAGGAUGAAGAUGAAGAAGCCUACUGGGCCUCUGUGAGGACUCUGUAUGAGAAGACCCCGAGCAGCUCACGACCUCGGCCGCCCAAACCCAAGCAUGCCAUCACCAUCGCAAUAUCAUCCCAGACACUUUUCAACAUGAUGGAUGGUAGGAAAGUCUAUGAAGAAGAAGGUCUGGAAAAGUACAUGGAAUAUCAGCUCAUGAAUGAGAACGUCAUUCUAACCCCUGGUCCAGCCUUCCGCUUUGUCAAGGCCCUGCAGCACGUCAAUUGCAGACUCCGUGAACUGUAUCCUGAUGAGCAGGAAUUAUUCGAUAUUGUACUGAUGACUAAUAACCAUGCCCAAGUGGGAGUGCGCCUUAUAAACAGCGUCAAUCACUAUGGACUACUAAUUGACCGCUUCUGUUUGACUGGGGGCAAAAGCCCCAUUGGCUAUCUGAAAGCAUAUCUCACCAAUUUCUACCUUUCUUCUGAUUGUGAAAAAGUGCAGGAAGCAGUACAAGAAGGGAUAGCAGCUGCAACAAUGUAUGAGGGACCGAAGGACAUGACUUACUGUGACACACAGCUCCGUGUGGCCUUUGAUGGGGACGCCAUUCUCUUUGCUGAAGAAGGAGAGCAUAUUGCUAAGGAACAUGGGCUGGAUAAGUUUUAUCAUGACAGUCUAUGUGAGAACAAGCCUCCUGCUCAGAUUCCAAUGAAAGGCUUUCUAGAAGAAUUGGGAAGAAUGCAAAAGAAAUUUUAUGCCAAAGAUGAGCGUUUACUCUGCCCAAUCAGGACCUACCUCGUUACAGCCAGGAGUGCUGCCAGCUCAGGUGCACGUGUGCUAAAAACCCUUCGCCGCUGGGGUCUAGAAAUAGAUGAAGCACUUUUCCUAGCAGGAUCCUCCAAAGGUCCCAUUUUGGCGAAGAUACGGCCUCACCUUUUCUUCGAUGACCACAUGUUCCGCAUUGAAGGACCCCAAAAAUUUAACCCCAACGCACCUCAUCAAUCUUACGGCAGUCAAAAAAUGAACAAUUAG